AUGGUGAGCCGGUGCGUGAUCAUAUGCCUGAUGUUGGCAACCCUGGACAUCCCCUUCAUUUUGGAGCAGCCAGCCAGCAGCCUUAUGCAAUACCAUCCGCACUUCCAAUAUCUCUGCAAACGCUUCGACAUAUACAGGGUCUUUGUGUGGUUGGGAGCCUAUGGUGGCACCAGUCCUAAAGCGACGCUGCUCUACUCCAACUACAGCUUCUGCAAUGAGCUGUAUCUCCCUCUCCCCAAGAAUGUGGAGUGGUCAGCAGAGAUGGCCAAGCGGUACAUCGAUGGCUCCGGGAUGCCUCGGGUUUGCGGAGGCAAAGACCUUAAGGUCUCGCAGCACUACCCCCGACUUUUUGGUGGUGCAGUGGCCCAAGUCUAUGCCAAGCACAAAGAUGAUAUUCAAGCUCGGAUCAAAUCCCGCCAGUCCUUGCAGGAUCUUAAGGACAAGGGAAAAAGCAAAGCUGAGAAGGCCAAACGGGACCGGUACCGCUUGUAUUGGAAACCUUUUGAAGUACCAGGAAUUUUCAAGAAAGCUCCUGGCCUUUCCAAAUCUGCUCUUCGCAAACUUCGAAAAAAUAGUCUCAGCGGAUCAGUGAAUCUGGAUGCUAUGAGAAGGUGGUGGGAUAUGAUGCAGCGCCGGCAGGUGGCAGAGAAGAACAAGACAAAGAAGAAAGACAAGGCUGGUGAUAAAGAGUCCAAGGAGGAAGAAAAGAGCAAACCAAAGCGCAAGGCAGAUGAAGCCGAGGAGACAGAGGAUACAAAGAAGAAAGCAGAGAAGAAAGAAAAGGAGAAUCCAAAGAACAAAGCAAAGCGCAAGACAGAAGAAGCUGAGGAGAAAGGGAAUGAUGAAGCAAAGAGCAAACCAAAGCGCAAGGCAGAUGAAGCUGAGGAGACAGAGGAUACAAAGAAGAAAGCAGAGAAGACAGAUAAGGAGAAUCCAAAGAACAAAGCAAAGCGCAAGACAGAUGAUGAAGAAGAGAAAGAGAAGGAGGAGCCAAAGAACAAAUCACAGCGCAAGACAGAUGAAGUGAAGAAGACAAAGAAGCCAAGUAAAGCUGAGUCAGAAGAUGAAGAUGAAGAUGAAGAUGAAGAUGAAAGCAGUGAGGAGCAAGAGUCAGAGGACGGAGACAGCUCUGACGAGCAAUCCGACGAGGCUGACAAGAAAGAGGAAGAGAAAGGAAUUCUAAAGACUCAGAAGAAGGAUGCCAGUGAGGAUGAAGAAGAAAGCGAUGAAGACAACAGUGAUGCCAGUGAUGACAGUGAAGAAGAUGACAGUGAGGACGGCUCAGAAGAAGAAGAAGAGGAAGGUUCAGAAGAAGAAGAAGAGGUUGAAGAAGUAACAGAAGAGGGAAAGAAGGGCAAGAAGAAGGAAGGUGAAGAUAAAGAAGAGGAAGAAGUAGCAAAGAAGAAGAAGAAUGCGACAAAUGAAGGUUCAAAGAAGGGCAAGAAGAAGGAAGGCGAAGACAAAAAGAGAAAAAGGGUAGAAGUAGAAGCCGAUAGUAGUGAGGAGUCUUUGGGCAAGAAGGGCAAAGAGUCAUCCGGCAAGAAGAGCAAAAGCAAGAAGAAGGCAAAGAAGGACUCAGAGAGUGAGGACUCCGCAGAGCCAGAAAGUGAGGAGUCAGAAGAGGAGGAUGAAAGUGAGAGCGUGGCAUCAGACAAGGAGUCAGAAUGUGAGGAGGAUGCAAAGAAGAAGACAAAGGAGGAAGUAGCAGGCAAGAAGGCUGAAAAGAAGAAGAAGAAGAAGGCUGAAAAGAAGGCUGAAAAGAAGAGCGAGAGUAAGAGCGAGAUCGAAGCAAGCAAGAAGAGCAAAGGCAAGUCUGACAAGAAGAGCAAGGCUUUGGCAGGUGCAAAGGAGGAGUUGAAAAUGAACAGCACAAACUACAGGGCAGAGUGGCAGGCUAUGGGCAGGUGGCUGAGAAACAAGCGACGUUGCCCAGCGAAGAUUGCUGCUGCUGCAUCCAAGUCUGAUGAGGCCAAGAACCAAAUCUUCAAGGACUACUUGGAGAGCGGGAAGAACUUAGCAGAGGUAGAGAUGAGGUUUGAACAAAGACUUGAGGAAUCGCAGCGCCGGCAAGUUCGCUACGGCUUUCGCAAUGAUCAGACCAUCCCAGAUCCCGAGCUACCAGGGGAGGGAGAGCUCUUAUACUUUGUGCUGGUGGAGCUCAACUUUGAUGACAUCAAGGAAUUGAAGAGGGUUACGCAGUUGGAGAUCCAGGGUACCCUCGACUCCGAAGGAGUCAAAGCGUUCGUUGAAGCUGGAGGAUGCCUGGAUGGCACAAAGCAUUUGUCUUUGACUGACAUUGCGGGCAACACCGGAAUGCAGUCUCUUGCUGGUGCAGUUGGGGGCGGGGGCAAGGCACCGUCUUCCAAAGGCAAAGGUGGUAAGAACAAUAAGAAUAAGGAUCCCAAGGAGGAAAAGGCCAGGGCCUUCAACUUCCCUUGUUCAAGCUGA